UUUAACUUUCGCUGGCGUUUUCGCAUGGCCUGGUCACUAGUGUCGUUUUUGUAAGUUGCUGGGGAGGGUUAAAACUCGCGCGCAGAGCUAUAAUUUUAUUCCUGGAAAAUCGUCGUUGGCGCUGACCGCGUCACACAGCAACGUUAACGUACGCAACCGAAAGUAUUAGCCCUUUGUAGCCGGACAACUGUCAAACGGAUUUGCCUGACACAGGAGCAGAAAUAUUAGCAGCCAACGGAAAGCAAUUAUACGAAAUAAAAAUGUUCUCACGACCCAGCUUAUGUGGAACGGUGGGCAAAUUGUGCCGAUGCGGCACAUCAGCAACAGGAAAGACUGCGGUGGCAGCAGCAACAGUUCCCACAGCUCGACACUAUCAUGAGGUGGUGGGCGAUAUCAUCUGCCCGUCUCAGGUGCGCGGCAUAGAUCACAUCCGUGAUCCACGACUCAACAAGGGCCUGGCCUUCACCCUGGAGGAGCGCCAGACUCUGGGCAUCCAUGGACUGCAGCCAGCGCGUUUCAAGACGCAAGAGGAGCAGCUGCAGCUCUGCAAGAUCGCCGUGAACCGCUACACGGAGCCGCUGAACAAGUACCUCUACUUGAGCGAUCUGUACGAUCGCAACGAGCGUCUGUUCUUCCGCUUCCUGUCGGAGAACAUCGAGGAUCUGAUGCCCAUUGUGUACACGCCCACAGUGGGCUUGGCGUGCCAGCGAUUUGGCCUGAUCUACAGACGUCCUCAUGGUCUGUUCAUCACGUACAACGAUCGCGGACACAUCUUUGAUGUGAUGAAGAAUUGGCCGGAGCCGAAUGUGCGUGCCAUCUGUGUGACGGAUGGUGAGCGCAUCCUGGGACUGGGAGAUUUGGGCGCCUGCGGCAUGGGCAUUCCCGUGGGCAAGCUGGCCUUGUACACGGCUCUGGCCGGAAUCAAGCCCCAUCAGUGCCUGCCAAUUGUGGUGGAUGUGGGCACCAACAACAUCGAUCUGCUGGAGGAUCCCCUGUACGUGGGUCUGCGUCAGAAGCGAGUGGUUGGUCGCGAGUACGACGACUUCAUUGAUGAGUUUAUGGAGGCCGUGGUGCAGCGUUAUGGCCAGAAUACUCUGAUCCAGUUCGAGGACUUUGGCAACCACAAUGCAUUUAGGUUCCUGGACAAGUACCGCAACACCUACUGCACCUUCAACGAUGAUAUCCAGGGAACCGCUUCCGUGGCCGUAGCUGGACUGUAUGCCUCCAAGCGCAUAACAGGCAAGUCCUUCAAGGACUACACCUUCCUGUUCGCAGGAGCCGGUGAGGCCGCCAUCGGCAUUGCCGAUCUCACCGUCAAGGCCAUGGUGCAAGAUGGUGUGCCCAUCGAGGAGGCCUACAACAGGAUCUACAUGGUCGAUAUCGACGGUCUGUUGACCAAGAGCCGCAAGGAGGGCAACCUGGAUGGCCACAAAAUCAACUACGCCAAGGACAUCAACCCGAUGUCAGAUCUCGCCGAGAUUGUCUCCACCAUCAAGCCCAGUGUGCUUAUUGGAGCCUCGGCUGCUGCCGGCAUUUUCACACCGGAGAUCCUGCGCACCAUGGCCGAUAACAACGAGAGGCCCGUGGUGUUCGCCUUGUCCAAUCCCACCAGCAAGGCAGAAUGCACUGCCGAAGAUGCUUACAAGCACACGGAUGCUCGCGUGAUCUUCUCGUCGGGCUCUCCCUUCCCGCCGGUCCAGAUCGGUGACAAGACCUUCUACCCGGGCCAGGGCAACAACGCCUACAUCUUCCCUGGUGUCGGCUUGGGCGUGAUCUGCACGGGCACUCACCACAUACCCGACGAAAUGUUCCUGAUCGCCGCCCAGGAGUUGGCCAACUUCGUCGAGCCCAGCGACAUUGAGCGCGGAUCGCUGUAUCCUCCGCUGUCGAGCAUCCGCAGCGUGUCCAUGAACAUUGCCGUUGGCGUGACCAAAUGUGCCUACGAUAGAGGCUUGGCAUCCACCUACCCUGAGCCACAGGACAAGCGCAAGUGGCUGGAGAACCAACUGUACAACUUUAACUACGAGAGCUCGAUGCCCGCUUCGUGGGUUUGGCCGCGGAUGCCCUACAUUAAGACUCGCGAAGAAAGCCCGCUCAUUGCCGCCAUCAAAUAAAAUAGCAUUAAUGCGUUCAACUGGUUGAUGGCACCGUUCUGUUUUGCAUCUAACACACUCUACUACUUCCAAGCGUACACCAUCAGCACCAAGCAACAAAACAACCAACUGACUACUAACUACCCUAGACUAGAUAAAUUUCCAGUGCUCUUUUUUAAUGUUUGUCGAUCGAUCCGUUGACAGCGACACUCGAACUCAGCCGCAACUAAAAACUAUUUAAAUGUUGUUAAUAUAAUUAGACCAUUUAACAAACUGCUGAGUCAACGGAUCGGUUCUUAAAUGUAUUUUCAAAUUGUUUAUAGUAUUAUGUAUGUAUGCGAUUGUUUUAUAUCUGUAAAAAUGAUCAUGUUAUUAAUUUUGUGAUACCAAAACGAACGAUACCAAACGACAACAAUGACGACUGUGACGGUGACUACGCCUCCGAAAAAGCAAUUACGCAGUAUUCUAUCCUAUCACUUUACUAUCUGUAUUUAAUCUGUGCUAUGUUUAUGGUUUGCUGUAACUUAAAUACCCGAUUGGCUUCGCAACUCCAUUCCUCGCCGCUUGUCAUAACUAUCCUGCAUUCUCAGUGUGCCCCAGCUUUCGAUAUGAUCUGCUCUGUCUACUACUACUAACUCUGACGGCGGCAUCAAGCGAGCUCUGAAGCUAUCAAAAUCUUAUAUAUCAAAAUCACGCUUAAUCACCCACCCUAAAUUCGACAAUUGAUUGAUUUAUCUAUUGCUAUAUGCUCCUUUCGUUCCCACACAGAGAGCGAGAGCGAGGAAGUAAUGUAAAUUAUCGUACCCCCUACAAACCGACCGCCUAGAACAAUUGGCUAGACAGCAGAGCUAACUGCUUCGAGAACUGGUGAGAACAACCCAAACAACCAAACAACCAAUCAACCAUCCAACCGAUUCCACAUGUAAAACAACUUAAUUCGCUGCCGUUAACCUCCAACUAUCUAAGUUAGAACAUUAUGCUUUCUAUCGAUUAGUUCCCUUAUAUCUGUAGAUAUAUUCGAGCGAUAAUUAUGUUUGUUUGAGCCAUGUCUGAUAUUUAUUAACGCAAUUAAGCAGCUUUGUUAUAAUUUAUUGUUAAAAGGUCAAGCUAAUGUAUCAAUAACUACAUACCCUACCCCUUA